GUUCGAACGCGGAGCUGCAGUGUUUCACCCCCCGCGACAGUCUGAAGUCCAGUCGGCAGAGAGCUGCACAUCAUGGUCCCUGGCGUUGCGUUCACGGCCCGCUGCUUUCCCGCAGCUUUAAAGUGUUUGCGGACACCGUGGACAAGUCGCGCGGGACUCCCCGCAGCUGCUCGUUUCAUUCAUGUGGACGGACCGCCAGUUGUUCCCACGCUCACGACCAGCUAUGCGCACGGCACAUCCUCCACACCGCUGCUGCACGACACAGUCGGAGGUAUGCUGCAGAAGAGCACGGAGCGGCAUCCCGACAAAGAGGCCGUCGUCUUUGUGCAAGAUGGAGUCCGCAAGACUUUUGCACAGUUUCAGCAGGAGGUGGACCAGGCUGCUGCCGGGCUGCUGGCACUUGGACUAAAGAAAGGAGACCGCCUUGGUAUGUGGGGGCCCAACAUUUAUGAAUGGAUCCUGUUCCAGUUUGCAACAGCCAAAGCUGGCAUUAUUAUGGUGUCUGUGAACCCAGCCUAUCAGCUUCAGGAGGUGGAGUUUGCGUUGCGUAAAGUGGGCUGUAAAGCAGUGGUGUGCCCCACGCAGUUCAAAACUCAACAAUACUGUGACAUGUUGAGGAAGAUCUGUCCAGAAAUUGACUCGUCCAUUCCAGGAGACAUCCAAAGUGCCAGAUUACCGGAACUGCGCACUGUGAUCGUCACAGACAGUCGGCAGCCAGGAAUGUUUCACUUUGACGAUGUGAUGCAGGCGGCCGGCAGCCAGCACAUGCAGCAGCUGCAGGAUCUGCAGAAGAAGAUUGUCUUUGAUGACCCCAUAAACAUCCAGUUCACUUCGGGUACCACUGGAGUUCCCAAGGGCGCCACGCUGUCGCAUCACAACAUUGUCAACAAUGCUUACUUUGUUGGGAGAAGAGUGGGAUACCACUGGAAGCCUCAUACCCGUGUGUGCGUCCCGGUGCCGUUGUACCACUGCUUCGGAUCUGUGGGGGCAGGAAUUGUGAUGGCCGUCCACGGCACCACCAUCGUCUUUCCCUCUGCUGGUUAUGAUGGAAAGGCGAACAUUGCAGCAGUGGAGAGUGAAAGAUGCACGUUUAUCUAUGGCACUCCCACUAUGUAUGUGGACAUGAUCAACCAGCCAGACCUGAAUAAAUAUGACUUGUCAUCACUGGAAGGAGGCAUCAUGGCUGGCUCCCCGUGUCCACCAGAGCUUGUGAGGAAAGUUGUGUCUGUAAUGGGUGUCAAAGGAAUAACGAUUGCUUAUGGUGCAACAGAAAACAGCCCUGUGACUUUUAUUAGUUCCCCACUGGACAACAUGGAGAGGAAGUCGGAGACCAUCGGCUAUGUUUUGGACCACAUAGAGGCUAAAAUUGUGGACCCUACAACAGAGCAGGUGCUCCCUCUGGGGAUGUCGGGGGAGAUAAUGAUCCGAGGAUACUGUGUGAUGUUGGAAUACUGGAAAGAAAAAGGGAAGACAGACGAGUGCAUCACAGGAGCCCGCUGGUACAAAACUGGAGAUAUUGGCAGCAUGGACGGUUACAGCUACUGCAAAGUCAACGGCAGGAGCAAAGAUAUGAUCAUCCGAGGAGGAGAGAACAUUUACCCGGCUGAGAUCGAGCAGUUUCUGCACACGCAUCCCAAAGUGAAGGAGGCCCAGGUGGUUGGAGUUAAGGAUGCUCGCAUGGGUGAGGAAGUAUGUGCCUGCAUCAAGCUGGUGGAAGGUCAGGAAUGCACCACAGAGGAGAUCAGGGACUUCUGCAAAGGACAGGUUGCUCACUUUAAGAUCCCCCGUUAUGUCCUCUUUGUUGACAGCUUCCCCCUCACUAUUACUGGAAAGAUCCAGAAGCACAAACUUCGAGAGGAGGCUGAGGGUCGACUGGGAAUAAAGGGGGAAAAGUGAGGGGCUUCGUCCUGAUUGGACUAGAUUAUAGUCCUGCAUCUUAUGCAGGGACAGUAUAUAAGUUGUAAACCAGAAAGAUCAAUAGGUUUUAAAAACAAGCAGAACUUUUUAAACAUUCCAGCAUAAAACCUUUAGCCUUAACGUUUGUAUGAAACAUGUCAUGUGUCCAGAAACUGCGAUGCUGUUAUUAACAUAAAAUAAUCUUUGAACGGUGAGUGAAGUGAGUGCAAUAAGAAUAAUAUCAGGAAACUGUCCUUUAAAAGUCAGCUUUAAUUGAUCAUAUAGUGUCAAAUGGUCACAUAGAAGUGCAGAAUUGAUCUUACUCUGUUUUUAUAACAUGCUGAGCAGCAAAAUAGCUUUAAAAUUCCUCUUUUAUAUAUUUUCUUGAAAUAAAACUUUCCAAGUAAUUAAAGCCA